UUCAGAACGAACCCACAACUCACAGCGCUACCUUCCGUUCAUCUUCCUCCUCCCCUGCUGCUUUCACCCCUCUAGCCCUCUCGCAGACAACACAACGACGGCACAGAACAGAAGGUGAAUGGCUGCUGAACGUGAAGGGUGAGAAGGGGGGGGAACGGAGAGAGGCACAUGGGGGGAGGGAAGUUAACAUGAGAGCAUGUGAACCAAAGAGGAAGAGCGAGAGGAAACAAGGAUCAGCACUGAAAUGCAAGAAAUGCUGAACAAACAGAGAUGGAAGGCUUGUGCGUCAUCCAGAAAUGAUCCCCAUCCAUCCACUGCUGCUUUGAUUUACACAAUACGACAAGCAAGGACAGUGGAAGGACCCACGGCUGCAGCUUGCCGUCAACACUGACUCUUCACUUCCUCUGGUCAAAUGCAGCAGCAGCAGCAGCAGCAGCAGCAGCAACGUUAGCAUCAAGCCUCUGGGGACAAUGCGCCAAGGCAGAUGGAGAGACUGACACACGUUUUUCCACAUGCAUGCACAAGCAUUUGCAUGGUGAGACUCUUCUUUUUGUGGCUCACACCCAAAUGUGGGUUGGGUUAAAAUAAUAGGAUGAUAACAGAAAUGAAACCAGUUGAACCAAAGUCGUCACCAGAGCUGUAUGCCGUUAUGAUUAGCAUAAGAGCACAUUAGGUGCAGCGACACAGAGGGCGAUCAGUGUGAGGACUGUUACUCAUCACAUUCAGAAACGAUGGACGCCAAAAAGAGACGAGUCCAUAGAUUGAGACGGGCAAUCACCAGAAAUCUUCAUUGGGUGAUUGUUCCUUAAGUAAACCCAUCAAACACUUCACUUUGCCUCCAGGGAUCAAAGACUAGUCAGAAGCUGCUGACCACUGGCUUUACAAGCGUGAGGAGUGAGCUAGUCCGGCUGAAACCAUGCAGUGGAGACGACGCCACUGCUGUGCACACAUAACUAAAAUUCUCUAUCUUCUCUCACUGCUGGGUCUGUUGGUUUUUCUGGCCCACCAGUGUUGGCUGCCUAAGCUAACAGGUAUGGCAUGGUGGAGGGGCCAUCCUGUUGUGUACGGAGGAGACCAACUGCAUACCACCAAAGCCAAAUGGAACAUGAGCGCCCCACAUUCAGCGUGGAGGUUUGUCAUUGUUCCUCAGCCGACUUUCAACGUCAGCACCCCUGAGAAGGAGGGUGUCUCAACUACUCAAGGAGAGCCAAGAAUUGACAGCACUCUGGCAGCCAGCACUAGUCAAAGUGUAGAGGGAGAUCUCAAUGGUACUAUAACCAAUGGGCCUUUCACUUACACCAUCAACGAGCCAGAAAAAUGUGCAGACGGCAAAUCUUCGCCAUUUCUGGUGUUGCUGAUAGCCACCGAGGCUCGGCAAGUGGAGGCAAGGAACGCCAUACGGCAGACAUGGGGGAACGAGAGCGUGGCUCCGGCUCUGGGAUUUAUCCGGCUGUUUCUGCUUGGGAAGAACGACGGAGAGCUGGGAAUUUUACAGCAAAAGAUGCUCGAAGCAGAGAGCAGGAGGCAUCAUGACAUCAUUCAGCAGGACUUUAAGGAUUCCUACAAAAAUCUGACCAUAAAGACAUUGAUGGGAAUGAAUUGGGUGGCAAUUCACUGCCCACAAGCCAGCUAUGUCAUGAAGACGGACAGCGACAUGUUCGUCAACACAGAGUACCUCAUUUACAAGCUGCUGAGGCCAGAAGUGAAACCUAGGAAUAACUACUUCACAGGAAGUAACAUGAGAGGCUAUGCACCCAACCGAAACAAAGAUAGCAAGUGGUACAUGCCCCCUGAGCUGUACCCAAGUGACAAAUAUCCCACCUUCUGCUCUGGGACUGGUUACGUCUUCUCUGGAGACCUGGCGGGGAAAAUCUAUCGUGCAUCGCUAAGAAUUCCCUUCCUGCACCUGGAGGAUGUGUAUGUGGGGAUAUGUCUGGCAAAUCUCCGCAUCGAGACCACUCCUCCAUCCAAUGAGUUCCUAUUCAACCACUGGCGCGUGUCUUACUCCAGCUGCAAGUACAGUCACCUGAUAACAUCACAUGGGUUUCAUCCCAAUGAACUACUCAAAUACUGGCAUCACCUGCAGAGCAACAAACGCAACUCAUGUAUGACCGCAGUGAAAGCAGGCAGGGCACACAGAAUGCACAGACAGAGGCCAGCUCAGUAACUGAAAAAGUUGUCCUUGUUCAAUGAUAUAAAUAAUGAUUCAUAUCUCAGCCCAUUCUGUUCUCAACAUCAAGAGAUUCAUCUGCACUUUAUCCAUAUGGAGACUCUGCAAACUCUGCAUAAAGGCCUGUGUAAAAAACUGAUGAAAAGUGCUAUAAAAUUAUUGCCAAAUUUGUACAAAAGAGAUGAAAAAUGUUUACAUGUUUGAGUCAAACUACUGGACAGUUUAUGUACAGUUAUAUUUUACAAUAGAAUAAGCUGUGAUGUCGUGCAAAGGCUACUUUUUUGUAAUAAUGUAAGAUUUACUGUAUGUGUUUUAUAUAUGCCGCAUAAAGAUACAGGCUGCUCUAAAACUAGAGUGGACAGGGUACAAUACCAAUAAACAUUUCCACAUGUGUAUCAAACAGUCAGUGAAGUCCUUUAAAAAAAAAAAAAAAAUGCAUACUAGAUAUGGAGAUUGUUGCACACUGACAAAAUAAUAUGUGACCAGCCACUUUUAUGUAUGAAAUGACCAAAACAAAUUUAUGUUAUGUAUAAUAUUAUGUUGUAUGAGUAGCGUAGGUCAUUUGGAGAGUAGCAGUGUGUGUGUUGUUGAGUGGAGGAACAGACAGACGUCACUUACUUCCUUUUGUGCUUAAAUAAAACAGAAGAGUGGAACGGCACGAGAAAGCGAGCUGAGAGGCUGUUUACAGCCUCCUGCUAAUUCUAACUGAGAACUAUAAAUUCAUGCUUGCUAUGUUUUUGUGAGUGCUUGAAUUAUGGAUGCAUUUUUUGAUUUCGUAAAAUCAAACAUUCAUGGAAUGAUCUGUGGUUACAUAACCACGUUGUUCCCCACUGUGAUUAUUCCACUGUGAGACUGGAUUUUUAAAAAAAGCACAUUUCAGGACUUAAUAAAAGCACUUAAGUUUCUCUUAUUAUUAUUAGUGACGUACUGUCUCAAGAAAACAUCAUUUCAGUAGACAAUGAUGCACUUCUAAAGCAAAGAAAAAAAACUUUCCCUUCUGUGGUUUAUGCUGAUUCUCUUUGAAAUAGUAAAUUAAAUCUAGAAUUAGAAAGCCCGGCAGUAUUUUUUUUCUGGUAAUGUACUAGAAUAAGUGCGUGUGACUGAUUGAUUAGGUCACACUGAGGCCUUUGUUAGCAGCUGUGCUAUCAGAUAUGGCAGUAAAUGUAAUGCAAAUUGAUAACAUGCAGUGUAGCUCUGGGUUUAGUCCUCCCACAACACUGUGAGCAAACAGCAGAGUU